GCCACAGUCAUACGUGUUGCUUUAAGUCCCAGUGGACGGAGUUCACUCUGACAAACACCAGCCGAGAAGUGGAGAAGUGGAGAGGACCUGCAGCAGCAGCUAAAAACAGAAGGGGAGAGUUUUCCAAAGAGGCUCGAGCUGAUCGAAGUGUGUGGAUAAAAUAAGACUGAGAAAGGUUUCCAGUGUCAAACUCGACUCCAUGUCCGGGAGAGGAGAGGAAUUAAAGUCAGAGGAAACACAAGAACAAAACACUAGUAUUCUACUGUAAAUGGACACAGUGAAGAUCUCGUAAAGGGACACAUAAUUCAGACCAUCUUGUGUCCUCUCCCUGGAUAUUUGUUCACUCUGCGUAAAGCGCGCUUACAGAGAAGCCACAGAGAUGGAUGUGGCGGCGGAUCAGCCCCGCUGGAUGCACCACCACGCCGUGCUGAACGGACAACACCCAGACUCUCACCACCACCACGGCCUGGGGCACAACUACAUGGAGCCCACGGCGCAGCUGCUGCCUCCGGAUGAGGUGGAUGUUUUCUUUAAUCACCUGGACUCACAGGGAAACCCGUAUUACCACAACCCUGCCAGGGCCAGGGUGUCCUACAGCCAAACGCACGCUCGUCUGACGGGGACUCUCAUCCACAGCCCGGGGAUCUCAUGGCUGGACGGAGGCAAAGCAGCCCUGUCUGCGCACCACCACCACAACGCCUGGGCCGUCAGCCCCUUCAGCAAGCCCAGCCUGCACCACCCGGGCUCCGCGUCCCCCGGCGGCCUCUCCGCGGUCUACCCUUGCAGCAGCAACUCAAACACGGUCUCCGGGUCCUCGUUAACGCCGCCGUCCCACUCCAGCCCGCAUCUGUACACUUUCCCUCCCACGCCGCCAAAGGACGUAUCACCGGACCCCGGGGCCGCGUCUCCCUCCGCCACCAGAAUGGACGAGAAGGAAUCUAUCAAAUACCAAGUGUCGUCGUUAUCGGAGGGGAUGAAGAUGGAGGGCUCCAGUCCGCUGAGGAGCAGCCUGGCCUCCAUGAGCACUCAGACCACCUCCACCCACCACCCCAUACCGACGUAUCCCACCUACUCUCUCCCAGCGGCGCACGAGUACGGCAGCAGUCUCUUUCACCCCGGCAGCCUGCUGGGAGCAUCAUCCGGCUUCACCUCCAGGAACAAAGGCAAAACACGGUCCUGCACCGAGGGCCGUGAGUGUGUAAACUGUGGAGCCACCUCAACGCCCCUGUGGAGACGUGACAGCACCGGACACUACCUGUGCAACGCCUGCGGGCUGUACCACAAGAUGAACGGCCAGAACAGACCGCUCAUCAAACCCAAACGCAGGCUGUCUGCUGCCAGACGAGCAGGCACCUGUUGUGCUAACUGUCAGACGACCCUCACCACACUCUGGCGGCGCAACGCAAAUGGAGACCCCGUGUGCAAUGCCUGCGGCCUCUACUAUAAACUGCAUAACGUGAACCGGCCUCUGACCAUGAAGAAGGAGGGAAUACAGACACGCAACCGAAAAAUGUCCAACAAAUCAAAAAAGACCAAGCGGGGCUGCGACAGCUAUGAGGAAUUUACCAAAAGCCUGCACGACAAGAGCUCCCCCUUCAGCUCUCUGGCCGGACACAUGUCCAUGGGCCACCUGCCACCUUUCGGCCACUCUGGACACAUGCUUCCCACGCCCACCCCGAUACACCCCUCCUUUGGGCACCCGCACCACUCUAACAUGGUGACGGCCAUGGGCUGAAAGGGAGAUGGGUUAAUGUGUAAGAACACUGGGGGAACCUGAGAUGGUUGUGUGAGGGUCUCACUAGAGGACAGUGUGUACAAUGUUACAGACAUGCAGUUUGUGUGUCUUCAUCUUGAUUGUCUCUUGAUUGAUUGAUUGAUUAUGCCAAUGGUAUGUUGGAGAACAGAUGUAUCAUGGGAGGAAACAACCUUUUUACUCCUUAUCUAUAGGUACCUAUUUUGAUUGUGGAAGACAGAGAGCGAUAUUCUGCUUCCUGUCAUCCAGGCACCCACAUGUAAACACAAAAAUGUCAUUGCACCUCAUAGUUUUGUCGCCGCUGACAGCCUGACUGACUGCAGUGUGGCUCAGUAUGUGCCGAACAGGUUUAUAGUAACUGUGAAUAUUGUAAAUGUGUGAGACCGAUGGGGACGUCUCCGGCAAGGGAAAUCACCAUCGCAACAUUAAAUGAAAAUAUGCUGGAUUUUUUUUUUUUUUCCGCUUAUGGACAAUUUUAAAGGAAUUUUCACAAAAGAAAGAAAGCAAACAAAAAAGGUUUAUGAAUCCUAAUUUGACACUGUUUAUUAUAAUUAUUGUUAUUAUAAUUAUUAUUGUUAUUCAGAUAAUUUAUUUUCACUGCCUUUUGUUUUCUUUUACUAUAUCACCUGAAUCGUAAUAUGGAUACUGUUAUCCCACUUAUGAAUAUAUUUUUAGCUGAAGCGCUUUCUUUGAGCUGGUCAACAUUUAUACUCAUAAGAAAUAAAGAGAUCAAGU